AUGCGUUUCGCUGCUGCUGCCCUUUUCUUCGCUGGUGCCGUCAUGGCCGGCACUGAGUCUCCUGCUGAGAGCACCAUCUACAGCACCGAGUACCAGACCAUCACCUCGUGCGCCCCGGAGGUCACCAACUGCCCUGCCCGCACCUCGACCAAGGUCCACCCCCUGACCACCUCGACUGUCUUCUCCACGACCGUCCACACCAUCACCUCGUGUGCCCCUGAGGUCACCAACUGCCCGGCCCGCUCGACUGUCUACUCGACUGAGGUUGUCGCUGUUUCCACCACCAUCUGCCCGGUCACGGCCACCGGUGGCGGCCACUACUACAACACCACCGUCAACACCAAGACCUGGUCUCCCACUGGUGGUAACGGCGGCAACGGUGGCAACGGUGGCAACACUGUCCUGCCUGUCACGACCCCGGCUGCUUGCCCCACCUACUCCGUCAAGACCAUCUCGACCUCGGUCACCACUGUCAUCCCCACCGUCAUCUACGAGACCGUUGCCGUCCCCUGCCCCACCACCCCCGGCGGUGGCUCCGUUGGCACCAACACUGGCUCGCACACCGCCCCGACGACCGUCGUCACUGCCGGUGCCGGCAACGUCGCCUUCUCGGGCGUCCUGGCCGCUGCUGCCGGUCUUGUUGCCAUUGUCCUGGCAUAA